AGCCAGAUUUGGCAGGCAAAUCCGGGGUACCGUUUUGAUGUUUUCCAUUUUUUGUUCUGCCUUGUUGCUAACUUUGCCUCCAGCCUGACUGGUAGUGUCGUAUUUAAGCGCCAUGGCGUUGACUCAGGGCUAUGUUGUUGUUUUUUUUGGCUUGGUGUUUCUUAAUUUCAGCGGAGAUGGUGGGAGAUAAGCCAAGUUUUACUUUCGUCCUUUUUAUGUCGAAUCAUAUUUGGUGGGUGUUGUGUACGAUGGAAAAAGUUUUUGGAUAGGUAAAACACGUGGAAAGUUGCUCUGGAAAACCACACCAUUCAUGGAAAUUGGAUUGGAUAGUUUCUGACCGUGAAUGAUUCUUUUGGGAAACAAAGGAGAAAAGUUUGAUGAAUAAGUGAUGAAUCGAUCGUGCCAUGGGGUAAUAUUUCUAGCCGAAAACUGCAAGAAAACCCGGCUAGAAUAAGUUUCUAGGAAUUGUAACAAAAAGCAAUUGAAAUUCACCGUUCGAGAUCCGCAUACUUUUUACAACUUACAGCCAUUUUCAUAAGUAAGUUUGCCGGCCAAGAUGAAAAGCUCAAAUUCCACUGAAAUAGUGCUACCCACUGUGCCGGGUGAAUUCUUCCCCCGGAGUGCUUAACUUAAAGAGAUGUAAACGAUGCAAACCAUGUGCCGGGGCUUCCUCCAAUGAAUGGGGGGGAAUGAUGCCGAGGGGUAAGGAAGCAAAAACUUCGAUAAAAUAUUCUUGCUAUGAAAUUGGAAGCCGGAGAUUUCCGAGUGGAAUGGAAGCAGCAUCAAAAUGAUGGGCAAAAAGCAUCAACAGCAACAGCUACCAGCUGAAGAAAAAUAUUGAAAAUAAAAUGCUGAAGGAUCCCGGGGAACAGCUGAAGCAACAUCGCAUCGCCGCUUGCGGAAUCAAUUGAAAUGCAUAGUUGAAGAGUUUGGCUUCGUUCCGCUACGAGAGAAAUAAAAACGAUCACGAUCCGGAAAGAAACGAGAGAUGCAACCCAGCGCCAGCCAGAACCGAUCUGUGCCAUGCUGAAUGAUUCAAAACGGGGAAACUUACCCGAAAAAGAUGCCAAAGUUCAGCUCCUCUAGUCGUUGGUAUUCAGCUGGUUCUGCUUCUGCUUUCCAUCGGAGACAAGCAGCAGAAGAUGAGGAAAAGUCGAACAACAAUAGAAACAACGAUUUUGAAAAACACGCAAAAGAGACGCAGGAAGUGGGAAAAAAAAUCUAAAUAAAACGACCCAACUUUCCGGAACCGGCUGCGGCUCAACGCAAAACCGUCCGAGAAGAAGAAAAAACACGAUCCGGUAAAAGUUUUGCGCAAAUCUUUGAAGCUUUGAUGGACCAGCAACGGUUGCGACACAUUUUGCCAUGGUGGCCAGGCCAUGUCGUCAUCUUAAAGCGCUCAAAGUCGAAGUGACGAACAAGAAAAUGAGCGCGCUCUCCCAGAAGAGGAAUGUCCUAUCUGUCUGUGUUGUCAACCGGCAAUCUCCGGACCAAUUUCCCCGUCCCCGGCUCAAAAACCGUGAAACGGAUCUUCCGGUUCGAGUUCAAUUAAAUGCAUCUUGUGACUUGUGCCUGGAGGCAGUUGAUAUGCUACGCAAUUUGAACGGCAGCAAUGCAAUAUCGCCUUUCUAUUGGAAAACGACGAAGAAUUGCUUUUGGCGUCCCACGAUGACAUAAAGUGUUUAAGAUGGUUGUUCGACUAGCUAACUGUAGGAGAUUGUUAAGUGAAACAACUUAACUAUCAUAUUCUGAGGGUGUAUGAACUAAGUUUCGUCAUAUAUCAAACUUUUGACUAAAAUAGUUAUAUAAAUUUUUGAAAUUGUUAGUGGGUUUUUUCUCUUAUUAUAUCGCUUCGCCCUUUGAGGCAAAAUUUUAGCCAGAGAAUUUUCGAAUAAGAUCCAUAUUUUCAAAUAGGAGCCCACGUAGCCUAAUCUUUUCGGAAUCGAAAUAAAUACUAUUAUCAUUUUGAGCAAAAUGGAAACUUGACACAUGUUGAAAUUAUCCGUAAAUUCAUGAUUCAAACCACCCACAAAUUAGUCCCAUACCCAAUUGAUUUCAGUUUUCAUAUUACUACUACUACUACUAAGGGUCCAGCGCCGAUUGACCGGCGCAUAGGGCUGAGAUAAAAGAUCUCCACUGCUGGCGAUCCGGAGCCAGCGUCUUCACUUGCUGCCAACCUAGGUUCUCGUCAACUGUGCGGAUUUCAGCGGCUAGACUUCGCCGCCACGAGCUUUUGGGCCUGCCUCUUCUUCGAUGCCCAUCUGGAUUCCAGUCAAGCGCCUCUCUGCAAAUCUCGUUUUCAUCUCUUCGCAGCGUGUGCCCAAUCCAUCUCCACUUACGUUCCCGAAUCUCGAUUUCUAGCGUCUUUUGAUGACACCGGCGAUGAAGUUCAACGUUUGAGAUCCAGUUGCCAGGCCACUAAGCGCGGAUGAUGUUCCGCAGGCAGCGAUUCACAAAAACUUGCAGUUUUCGCGUCGUCACCGCAUAUGUGCACCAAGUUUCACACCCGUACAGCAAUACGGAUUUGACGUUUGAGUUGAAGAUUCGGAUCUUAGUUCGUAGAGAGAUCUGGCGUGACCGCCAGAUGUUUCGGAGACUCGCAAACGCAAAUCGGGCUUUUCUGAUCCGGGUUUCGAUGUCCUUCUUGGUACCACCAUCAGGCGUAAUCUGGCUACCAAGAUACUGGAAGCACUUCACUGUCUCAACCUGUUGUCCAGCUACCACGAAAUUGGAACGAUUUUCUGUAUUGAUUUCCAUCGACUUGGUCUUUCCGACAUUGAUUUUGAGACCUGCUGCCUUGGAGCUUUCGGUGAGGUCGUCGAGUUUGCUCUGCAUGUCUUGUUGUGUUUGGGCGAGCAAAACAAUAUCGUCUGCCAGGUCAAGGUCGUUCAGUUGAUCCAUGGUUGAAGGAUUCCACGGCAAUCCUCGGUUCGGUGCACAGUCAAUCGAUCCAAUCAGAAUCUCAUCCAUUACGAUUAGAAAAAGUAGCGGUGAUAGAAUACAUCCUUGUCUCACUCCAGCAGUUACCGGGAUUGGUUCGGACAAGACACCGUCGUGCAAGACCUUGCACGAAAAUGCCUCAUACUGUGCUUCGAUGAGAUGGACUAGUUUCUCUGGGACCCCUCGUCGUCUAAGAGCAGCUCAUAUGUUUUCGUGGUUCAGUCGGUCAAAUGCUUUUUCGAAAUCAACGAACACCAGCAGAAAAGAGUCCUGGAAUUCGUUGAUUUGUUCCAGUAUUAUUUCAUAUUACCUAUGAAAUUAAUGUUGAUGCAAGUUCGAAAAUAUUCGAGGCUUAUUCUUGGGCUGAGAGAAAGCGAGUGAACAGAUCAGGGUGAGCAAUCUUUUGAAGCAACGGGCCUAAUUGAAUUUGAAAUCUUGUCAGUGGGCCGCACUUUAUAUAAUACUAGCUGAUCCCGUACGAACUUCGUUUCGCUAACAACAGUAAAAAUAUGAUCAGAUUAGACGUUAAUGUUUUUAUCUAUUCUCGAUAUUCCUAAUAAUGAAGAAAAAUACCUUUGCUUUGAGAGUAUCCUUAUUGAUAUCUCGAUAUCUCGAAUCUCGUUAUUCAAUAAGCAUGUUGACCCGUUUAACUUUCACGACAAUUUCACAAAAACGGCGGAUGGUUUAAAAGAAAUAUCCCUUUUCGUUGUACAAUAAUCCAAAAUUCAACACAUAAAAUCAUAUUGAUUUUAUCACUACAUCCCUGUGCAUAAAUUUCCAAAUCGAUUCUAUGCCGACUCUUUACACAAAAAUCGAUACCUAAAAACGAUUGUUCAUUUCUUUAAAUUCCUGUGGGUAAAUUUUCAUAUCAUUGGAAUGGACGACUCCUUCCGCUGACCUGUGACUCUAAAUUUCAUACCCGAAAUAAAUUGCUCGUCUCUUAAAACUCUCAUGUGCAUAUUUUCAUCUCAAUCCGAUGCAUAAUCAAGAUAAUAUCGCGUAAACAAUGAAAAAUCAAUAUGGACGAUCUUUUUUCAAUUAGAAAUCAAUUGCCCGCCCCUUGAAACUCCCACGUACAAAAUCAUUUCCGUCUGAUACAUAAUAACGACAAUAUUUCUAAAACAGUGAAAAGUUUAUAUGGACGACCCCUUUUGCUGAUCCCUGAUCCAAAAUUUGAAACUUUACAUCAAUUUUCCAUCGCCUAAAAACUCAAUGUACAAAUUUUCAUUUCAAUCCCAUGUUUAAUAAUAUCAAUAUCGCAAAAACACUGAACUGUUAAUAUGGACGCCCCCUUUUCCUCUUAUACAAAAUUUAACACUUGAAAUCUUUUGUUCAUUCCUGAAAACUUCCAUGUGCCAAUUUCCAUCUCAUUCCGAUGUAUAAUUAUGUCAAUAUAACUUAAACAGUAUUUGUUUAGUAUGGACGACCCCUUUUGCCGGCCCCUUAAACAAAAUUUGAUACCUGAAAUCGGAUGCCCGUCUUUCGAAAAGCCCGUGUACCAAUUUUCAACUCAUUCGUACGCAUAAUGACGUUAAUGUGGCAUGAACAGUAUUUGUGUUGUAUUGAGGACCCCGGAGAUCUACCGCAAACUGAAACGCGAAGCAGGAAGGAUUGGGUUGAUGAUUAAUACGUCCAAGACGAAGUACAUGCUGGCAUGCGGAUCCGAGACCGACCGAACCCGCUUGUCCAGUAAUAACAAGGUCAUGAUCGACGGCGACGAGCUGGAGAUAGUCGAAGACUUUGUCUAUCUCGGCUCACUGGUGACCGCAGACAAUGACACCAGCCGUGAGAUCCGGAGGCGAAUUAUCAGCGGAAGUCGUGCCUACUAUGGACUCCACAAGCAACUGCGGUCGAGAAGACUUUGCCCUCGUACGAAGUGUAACCUGUAUAUGACGCUUAUUAGACCGGUUGUUCUCUACGGGCACGAGACAUGGAUAUUGCUCGAGGAGGACCUGCGUACACUCGGAGUAUUCGAGCGACGAGUGUUAAGAACCAUCUUUGGCGGCGUACAGCAGAACGGAGUGUGGAGGCGAAGGAUGAACCACGAGCUCGCGCGACUCUACGGCGAACCCAGUAUCCAGAAGGUGGUGAAGGCUGGCCGGAUACGCUGGGCGGGACAUGUUGCGAGAAUGCCGGACGACUGUCCUGCAAAACAGGUGUUCGCUACGAAUCCGGUAGGAACAAGACGAGCGGGGGCGCAACGAGCGAGGUGGUUAGACCAAGUGGAGCGUGAUCUGGCGAACGUGGGGUGCCCGAGAAAUUGGAGAACGGUUGCUAUGAACCGAGUGAAUUUUAGGAAUUAUGUUCGUCAAGUUAUGUCGUGAGACGGAAUACUAUGUAAAUAAAUAAAUAAAUGACGACCCCUUUGGCCGACCCCUGACCCAAAACUUGAUACCUGGAAUCGAUUUCUCGUUCCUCCAAAAAUUCAUGUGCUAAUUUUCAUCACAAUCCGACGAAAAAUAACGUCAAUAUUGCGAAAACAAUAUUUGUCUUGUAUGGACGACCCCCUUCAGAAGGGGUCAUCCGAAAAUCUGAAAACAUUUUUCAUCAUUCCUGGUCCUAAUGAGCAUCCAUGCCAAAUUUCAUCUCUCUAGCUUUUAAGGCGGCUGAGUCUAUAGAGGACAAACAAACAAACAAACCCACAGAAAUUGCUUUUUAUAUAUAUAGAUUUAAAAAUUAUUAUUAUUAUUAUAAUAUAAAUAUUAUAAUUUAAUUGUAUGGGAAACUUUAGAGAACAAGAAUAUAAUACAAAGGGAUUAAGCUUUCCAUGUUAUUUUUUAAUAAUUUUUGGGAAAAAUUUUGUUAUGCUUAUGAGAAGGUGCAUGCAAGACAAACUGAUGGAAAAUUAUUAAAUUUUAUACAAGAAAUAACGAAAAUUUACAAACAGUUCUCACAUAAGUGCAAACAUUUCGGAAGUGCAAGUGUGUCAAAAAAAAACAAACUUACAAAGCUGAGGGAAUUAACAAAAAAAGAUAACAUUAAAAAAUUGACCAAACCUUCGAAUAUCACAAAAUUGACACAAUGGAAAAAAUGACAAAAAUGACAAAAAAUGACAAAAAAUGACAAAAAUGACAAAAAUGACAAAAAUGACAAAAAUGACAAGAAUGACAAAACUGACAAAAAUGACAAAAAUGACAAAAAUGACAAAAAUGACAAAAAUGACAAAAAUGAAAAAAAUGACAAAAAUGACAAAAAUGACAAAAAUGACAAAAAUGACAAAAAUGACAAAAAUGACAAAAAUGACAAA